AUGGUGCCGCAGGAGAAUCCCAGGAAGUUUGCCUGGAUCAACACUAGCAGAAAGAGGCCCUCGUCUGCGAAACAACGCAAACUCACACAACCACCGUUAUACGCGUCUCAAAGCGUCAGCAAGCCAGUCCGUUCUGCGCGAAAACCUGCCGUCACCAAUGAGAACGAAUUGACCCCACAAGUGGCUAAGAAGCGGCCUCUGCCUCUUGGGCUGCCCACGCCGGCUGCGACUGAUAAACCGGACAAGGGCAAAGGACGUGCUCAGGACAGGGGGGCCGAGUCGCGGGACAGCCCUAUGCCAUUGCGUGGAGGAGGACGGCUUAUGGUGGGCAGCACCGGAUCUGGGGGCAUGGAGCGGUUCAAGGUGCAUGGCGAUGGCGAGUCUAGCAAGAGCAAGACACCCACUUCGACGCGUCGAUCUCCUAUGAAAGAGCCCAACGACUCUCGCCAACGCCCGAUCCCACGUACUCCAAAUCUGUACCAAAGCCUGUCUCCCGCGCGCCGCUCGCCGGACUUGGGGUCCUUUCCUGUUGAGAGCGAGCUGGAAACGCCUGAGCCGAUUUGUGGAACAGAUACCAUGCGCCGGGUACGGGAGAUCAACGGAAUCCCUCCAAGGCAGAAAGCGCCGCAAGCGUCGCCUACGAAGAAGAGGAAGCGUGGCGCGAGUUCUGGCGAGAAUGCCAAGUCGCCGAGGAUGGCCACGAGGACGCGUUCGGGCAAGGGUGAACGACCUACGCACCGCACCGCCCGUGGACUGCCUCUGGCAGAACAUCCUUCGUCAGACAACGACCCUUCCAGAUCCCCCCGUCCAGCAAAAAAGUCUAAACAGGCUGAACCACCCCACCAUUUCGGUAAUAUAUUCGCACGUCCCAGGGAAGGCAAAUCGGCACAAAAGUCUUCGCCUUCAAGUCAUGCGUCCAGAAAGUCGACGCCCGUGCGAAGCAGCUCAACAGCCGAAGACUCUGUGUCCCCAAUACCGAAACGUGAGCCGUUGACCCCCAAAAAGACGCCUAGAAGACCACGACCACCCUCUCCUGCCCCCAUUUCCUCACCUUCACCUCGACAUAUUCAGGCAAACGUGCGGACCGGCCCAAACGAGCUCACUCCUGGAGCGAGCCAACAAUCCUUCGAACUUCCUGCCCGCCAGACGUCCGGUGGGCCUUCACGACUCUUGUCAUCAUUGCAUCCGACAGGAGAACAAGACAAGCAGAUGGUAUAUCAUCACGAGUCUUUCGAUUUGGUUCCUCCCAAGGGCAUGGCAGGUGGUGUACAAGAGGGACAGCCUCAGCAGGCCGAGGGGAGAGUUUACGUCCCUGUGGACACCAGCGAAACGUUGUUCAUGGCUGGGAAUGAUGUGUCUGGAAAUGUGCUGUCACCAUCAGUCAGAGAAGAGGAACAUGGUCGAGGAGAAGAACCGGCUUCUGCUCGACAAAGCUCGAGGAUUGCCGCUUUGGCUCGCUCUUCACCCUCUGGCACCGAGUCCUUUUUACCCAAAGUGAGCAAGAAGCCCAUUCAAACGCCAGUGAGAGAGUGGGUGAAAAUGGAGUCUCAAGAGAGUCAGCAAAGCCAACAAUCAAACCUUUUCGGUGACGAGCGGGAGGAAGCGGCGCGAAACCUGGCGGAGAGUGAUGAGGGAUGUGAAGCCGAAGCUGGGACCCUCGACCCUGCUUUGAACGAGACUUACGCAGACAACAAUCUUUUCCAAUCGCAUCCUGAAGGCAGAGUGCCGACGUCUUCCCAAUCUUCAACGGGGAACGUUGCCUCGCGAACCCAAUCAUGCGAAAAACCGUCACAGUCCCGGGAGGAGAUGCCCAUCGUAGCGACAACCACCAAGACUCGGUCGCCUCAGCAGCAGACUCCCCAGCGGACGUCCCAGCGUAUUGGUGGGGCGGCAAUGGGGCAGAUGGCAACAUCUCCGUUGCCCGCAUCAGCAUCGAGACGGCCACCAAGACGGUCACAGCGGUCGAGAGACAAUGAAGAAGAUGAUCUUAUGGAUGAAGAAUCUGACCUGAGGAGCUCACAGCUUGGGCCCACUCAAUCGCAAGGGCUGUUUCAGACUAUACCACGCGAAGCGAGCCUUGCAGCAUCUCCGAGCUCAACUCAGACGACACCUACACAACCUAUGCGCCAAAGCCAGUUCACUGAGUCUCCGGUCAGCCAACACGGACCUUUCAGCCCGGCCGAGUUGGCUUCUGCCAGGUUACCUGAUGAUCUCACGGGUCCUGGGGGCUCCGACCUUGUUGCCCAGUGGCCUGACACUGAGCGCGACUCUUCUCCCAUAGCCAAUUCGGUAGCGAGAGGCCCAGCUGUCGUAUCUGGCGAAAAGCCCCGAAUGAGGAAGAGGAAGCAGAGAGGCGAAGCGAUCUCGCCUCAGACGUCUGGUGACGUGCUUAUUGGUGAAUCGGAUGACGAGGGCAGGAAGGUGGUAUCAAGCUCCGCGAAGAUGCCGCGACAGGCUGCAGCAGACACAGAGAGCAGUGAGAAGAAAGAGGAGGAUGCUGUGGCGAAUGCGGAAGGGGAGAGUGAAAAGCCGCAGAAGAGGGACGCCUUUUCCGUACUCAUGGGACCUAGGCGCUCGAUCUCCGCGCCGCGGAGUACCGGGAAAGGCAAAGAUGUCAAGGGCAAAGGAAAAACCCCCGCCAAGUCGACGCCUAAAGCUUCUACCGUCCGCAAACCAGCUACUAGAUCGGCUACUAAGAGGAAGACCCCGAGGGCUCAGCCUCACGAUGAGGGGCAGACAUCCCUUCCAUCCCAGGGGUUCUUCAAGAACAGAAAGCUUAGAAAGACGGAAGAUCAGAUCCGCAGCUUUGACAAGGCGUUCAGCGAGGAGGAGGAUCAUGACUUUGAAGAGGAGCAAGAGGAGGGCAAUGCUUCCGCGGGACCAAGUCGAACAACGGCCCACUUGUCUGGAAAACCUCUGAUUUCUUUGCUGGGACGAGUCCCCCACGAUCCUCGGCUGAACGAAGGGGGAAAGAGGGAGAUCAGGCGGAGGCGACUAGUAGAGCGAGCGCAAGCCACUCUGAAGAGAACCCCUUCGCCUCUCACUCCGCUCUCCCCUAGUCCGUCCACCGGGUCACCUUUGCCCCCGCCUCCCGGUCACCGCGAUGAGGCGGAAGAAGACGAAGAUGUCCACCCGUUCGGGGAAGAGAUGAGGCAGCAGGCGAGCCGAGAAGAUGGGACUCGGUAUAGGCAAAGCCAGGCUACGACGAGUGGUUCGCAGACAUCCGCUGGGGUGAAAACGCCAGGGAGUACGAAAAAUUUCAUAGACAUGCUGGGCGGGUCCUCAUCGCAGAUAUAUGAUUAA